GGGACACCAAGAAAUUCCCUUCCAUUGACCCAGAUCACUGAUCAAGCUUGUCAAGAGGCAGAAGCUUACAAGGAUGCUGGAGUUGAUGGCUUGAUAGUAGAAAACAUGCAUGAUCUUCCUUACGUGGUGUGUCCUGGGCCUGAAGUAACUGCAGCAAUGACAGUUGUUAGUGCUGCAGUGAGACGAACCUGCCCCCAUCUCACGCUGGGUGUCCAGAUCCUGUGUGCUGCAAAUCAACAGGCGAUAGCAGUUGCUCUUGCUGCAGGUCUUGAUUUUAUCCGGGCUGAAGGGUUUGUGUUUUCUCAUGUUGCUGAUGAAGGGAUUAUAAAUGCCUGUGCAGGUAACCUGCUACGAUACAGAAAACAAGUUGGAGCAGAGAAAAUUCAGAUUUUUGCUGAUAUUAAAAAGAAACAUAGUGCUCACGCUCUGACGGCAGAUGUCAGCGUGGCCGAGACCGCUUCAGCUGCCGAGCUCUUCAUGGCUGAUGGGGUUGUACUGACUGGCACGGCUACUGGAUUGCCCGCAGAUCCUCGGGAGCUGAAAGAGGUUAAACAUGCUGUGAAGAUUCCUGUGCUGAUUGGGUCUGGGGUGACUUUGGAGAAUAUGAGGAAUUACUUGGAUGCAAACGCUCUAAUAAUUGCAAACUCAUACAACUCUGUACCUCUCCAGACUAGUAUUAGUGAUGUUAAAAAAUGCCAGGUUCCUUCCAAUAAACAAGGUGUACUUAUGAUGGAAACCUUUCUACUAAAGCUGACAGAAUGUGCUCAUGGGAGCUGCUAACUGGGAGUGCUGGAGACUGCAGCCUUCCCCACUGAAACAGCCUCCCCGCUGUUCUGCAGUUGGGAACCAGAGUCACCUUAAAGGGUGAGAGAGUACCUCAUCUUCCAGACUGGCUCAAUCUUUGUCUUCCCAUGCUGUUUGCAUCGAUGCUAAUCAAUGUUAAUUAUGGUAGUGGGGCUUGUGAUGUACUCAUUAUAAGAGCCAUCCUAUUUUUCUGUGCUUGUACAGCCUGUAACACAAUAGAGCCCUGAUUGGGGUUCCCUAGAUGCUACAUAUAGUAAUACAAAUUGUUAUAAUAAUGAAUACAUGGUUCAUGGUGUAAGACUACCAAACUCAGUUCAUACAGCCUGCUGAAGCAUCACUUGAUAAUUCUGUUUGCUGUUACCACUAACUGUGGCAUACAGGAUAUGUCCUGACAGUUGGGACCUCAGCCAGUAAACCAUUUAAGCUUUUGUUAGUAUUUAAAUAGGUGCAUGGUUUUAAAUUUACAUUUGAGUCUGUGGUUGUUAGUGUAAAUAUAUGCUUGAGUGUGUGCUUAAAAACCUCUUCUGAUUCAGCAUCCUUAUUGUGCUGGGUUUGUUAUCCCACCCCUACUCCAUGACUAUAUGGGAGUUGAUGGGAUGGUGUGCCAGAAUAGAUGUUUUUUUCCUAGGCUGAAGGUUAUAGGUGCAAGAGCAGGAAGAUGCUCCCUCCAAAGAGCUGAGCAGCUAGUUGGGUGUAGGUUGUAGCAAGGGUUCCCACCUCCUCAGGCUGCGGUCCCCUUCCCAGUGUCACUCAGUGCUGGGCACUCUUGUACUAAGAACUGAUACCUGACAGGUGCAGUUGCCUGUGAUUAAUUUGGUUCAGCUCUACUGUUGUCCUCACUGGGAAUUUCAGCACCAUUGUUUUUAUGCAUUAAUUGGUAUAAAUAAUUACUAUUCAGUCCCUGACUCUGCAUCUCCAGGCCUUACCCUUGUGAGUUCUAGUGACUUAAAUAGUCUCAUAAUUUUUUUUCAAAUAAAUUUUUCCACAAAGAGUCCCUUAUUGCUUGUUACCUGGUUUGUUAUGGAUAUUGGUUCUAGUCCCAUUUUUUCAAUUCCCACUAGACUGCAUUCCUGGAUUUUAGUUAUCUAUGUGCAGUUUAGGUGUGUGAUUAUCUGCCUGACUCUGGUUAGUUCUCCAUUGUGUACCACAUUGUGCUUACCAAGCCUGUGUAACAAAAAUGUUCUAAAUUGUUAAGGUGUUAUAUUACCUCUCUUGAGUGUACAUGUUGUUUUAAAAGGAAUUUGAGUCAGUGUUGCUUCUAUGUUUGUAAUUAAUCUAAAACAUUUAGUGUAGCAGCUGGAUUUUUCCUUGUUAACUGUGCUUUACUGAGAUUUCAUGAUCUACAGCACACCCUAGUGAUACCUGGAAAUUACAAAGUUAGACCCAGUCAAUUUUACUUCCUUUGUGGUGAAGGCAAACUUAGGAUUCCAGUAAGCAAAGUCUAUGAAAGUAAAUGCUUUUGUAUUCAAGAUGUGAAGCGGGUUGAAUCCCUUGGUUUAUGAAACAAAAAAGAGCCUUAGAAAUUGAGACUACAGGAUAUUCUUCUGUGAAAAGAACAUCUGUAUCAUGAGUUUAUCUGUUCUGCAGUCUGUAUUGUUGGAUGUAUUUUACAACAGACCAUGGGGAAAAGCAACCCAGGGUUGUGUGAGAAGGGAGGAGAAUAUUUGUUGGGUUCCUUUUUAGACUGGAGAGAGCAACCAGAUGUAAAUAAAGCAUUGUGGAGGAAACCUGCAGGUAGUCUUCACAGGUCAGAAGCCCAAAUGAUCAUUUACUGUCUUAUGGCCAGAACAUUAAAAUUUAGGCUAGAUAUUUAAUUCCUGCUUUUACAGAUGGUUAGGUCACUUAGUUUUUCAGGUGAUGGUACCUAUCUGAAAACUACCCAGUUUUCAGUGGCCAACAGGUCUAUAUGAUUGUGCAGAGGUAUGUGCACCUACUUAACUUUUUAGGCUACCUUGCAAUCAUCUUUUUCUGGAUUAGGAUCUCUAUUUUGAUAAUCUGGUUUAUUUUUAAUUCUCUGAAUGCACAGAAUGGCAAUGAUUAUGAAUUGGAUACCCUUGACCCCCCUGGUAGGGUGAGAAAACAGGUUUGAGAAGGACUCUGAGAAGGAAGUUUAAUUAUAUUAUCAAGGAGGCAGGCAGAUAUUUAUCAGAGAUUAAAUCAAAAUGGUGAUGUGUGGGUAACACUGAAUGGAACUGAAAACAAUAUGAGCAUCAGAGAAGAAGAGUGUAGGCCUUGUACGUUACAGUGGUUGAAGUUAAAUCUCAUGAAUUCUCAAAGAGAAACAGAAUUCAUCAGAGAGAUGAGAGUUAACAAUAUCCUAACCUCCCAGCAUGUGAAAGCUGUAGCGAGUAUCCACUGCAGAUGCUGUCAGGCUCUCGAGCAGCUUGUGCAAGUUCAGUAUGCCUGUAGAGUUGCUGUUGUCAUUGUUCACUGCAGGUGCUUAAGCCCCAAACAACUAAGCUAUCCCAGAAAAAGCAGGUUUGGCCAGUGAACAUUGCAUGCCAGCCGACAAGCAGUGCUGAGGCUGUUCAUUUCAUGAAGGGCCAUGAAGCCCGGACAAGUGCAUACACCAGUACCCUUGACCAGCUUGCAGCUCCAGCUUGGCUCAGCUGUAAGAUCCAGUCCUGUAUCUCUGUUACAUCUACAGAGUGUUAAUUGACUAUGUGAGGCAGAGCUAAAGGUGGUGCCCUCCUUUCUGGCUCGCUCAUGCAUGACAAAUCUCUAAUAUUCUUUGGAGAGACAAGUUUCCUCUCAGACCUCUGCAUUUCACUCUUGUCAGGUAAUCCAAACAAUAAUGGAAAUGAGCAUUCUGGUUUAUGUAAAUAAAAACAAAAAGUUUGCAAUAAUUUAUGGUAUUUAUUUAAAUGACAUGCAAAUUACUUUGUGAAACUUAGGGGGGAAAGCAGCACAACUGAAACAGCACAAUUGUUUCCAAGAACAUUCAUUUCAAAUCCACAUACAAUAUUUCAUUCAUGCUUAAUUAUUUCCCCAAUGCUAGUCUAAGCAUUACUAGUUUCCUUUGUCUUUUUGCUUUUGCAUGCAGUGUGAUUAGCAAAACUGCUUGUGCUCUACCAACUUCUGCACGUACGGGGUUUAGCCUCAUUGUUCAAGGGGUGGAGCAACAAGCAAUAUGAACACUCAUGCUGCCAAAUUUGGCACACGUGAGCCCUCCAAAGUAUACAGAUAUCACCCAUUUCAUUUAAAUCCCUGUCCGUUUUUUUGCAUUGCUACCAUAAUGGCAACUCCAUUGUCUGGGUGUAUUAUUUGAAGCAGCUUUUCUCCCAUUGUUUGUGCACUGUAAUCCUUGCGGUUUCUGUAGUCAUCGUGAGCAGCUUACUUGAAAGAAAUCACUUAGCUCUCACAGAUCACUCUCUCUGAACCUGCUGGCAAAGGAACGGGCCAUGACUAAAGCAUGAGACCUGUGAUCUUUCUGAAGAAAAUCUCUUCAGUAGAGUUUAUAAUUUGUUGCUUUCAUGGGGCUCUGUUCUCAGGGUUUGGACUCAGUGUUAUCUUUCGUCCCCCAUGGAUUUUUCUACAAGGCAUGAUGGGAAUGUAGGCUGAAAAAAAGACUAAUAAUGCUGGCUGUGGAUGUGUACCCUAACAACAUUUUACACACAUUUCAAAUACUGGCAAAGGGAGACAUCUACUGUUUGACAGAAAUUAAGGACAGUUGUUUAUUCUAAUCGCAGCAAAAUCUUAGCCUUUUAUUCUUCCAUGACAUAGAGAUUGACACACCCUGCUGUGAGUCUUUUCAACAGACUUUUGAGAACUUAAUGCUUGUCUACUUAGGGCAGAAUGAAAGAUCCCCUGGAACUUAUCAUAGAGAAGGAGCUGCCCAGAUCUUUCCCUUUCUAGUCUGCUUGGCCAGUGCCCUCUACUCCAGUGUCUCUCAUGGUUGUGUAUAUACACACUGUUGUAGUUAAAGCCAUUUGGUAUCAGCUGUUCUUUAUCAAUUAUGCCCAUUAUGGGUUUGCAUGCACAUCAUUUUAUUUCUGGGACAGUCAUUUGUGAUGUUUUUAAGGCAGUGGUUCCCAAAUUGAGGUCUGCAGAAAACCAGCAAAGGGCCUCUUUGUAGUUUGCAAAGACUCUCCAGUUCUUUUUGUUUCUUAAGUCUAGAUCACAUUAUGGUACAACUAUAAAUAUGGUAUAAACACUGCCCUGCUCUUCACUUAGUUUAGCAAUAGCUAUUUAUACAACUCUCUUAUAGCCAUACCGGCAUCAAGUGUGAUCCCAAAUGGUGACACCCUUGUGAUUCCACGUGAAGCAGAGAGGUGGCCCAGGAGACAGUAUUAAAAUAUAACACGCUGAACUGUGUAAGUCUGAAAAUCCCACCAUAAUAGAUUUUGCAGUGACUUCUAGAAGCUUGGAAUCUGGUCCAUCAUUGUAGAGAGUGAUUCAAAUUCACCUUUCCAUCUUCUUGCCUCCAACCUAUCAUAUGAGAAGAGACCAUUGGGCAAUACACUGUGUGCAAGCUGGCUUCUUCAUUUCCACGCUGCUACCUAGCUGACUGAGAAUUCCCCUCUUGCCUGCCACGUUAUCAGAACUGAGACCCAGGAAGGCUGGAGAGAGCUGUUCUGUGUUCCCAGAAGAACAGGAAACUUAGUCUUAAUGGCUUUGUAUCUUUGGGCUCUCAUUCAGCACCUGUGAAGUCAGCCAAGGAGCCUUGACUCUGAUGGGACUUAAGUCAGCUGCUUUGUGCUUACUCUUUGUGUCUCUGAAGUACUAUAUGUUUGGGGCCAGAAUUAUAUGUAGCUGAACAUCUACUAUUCUCAGACUCCACAAGCACAGGUUACGGUGCAGAUUUCUCACAUCACUGAAUAGUAUCAAGCAUGGAAAUCUAUCCCCAAUGUUAUUCCAGACACCUUUAAAUGUCAUCCUUCCAUCCUUGAUAGUAGAAUGCUUUUGUUCUUUAACUGAAUUCACAAUACACAAUUUAGAUCUGAUUUUGAA